CAAUCUGUCCCUGUUCCAGGAUGUUCUUCUUGGACGCGUUCCUCAAGGGCCUCAAACCUCAGUACGAUGAUGACUCAUGCGAUCGACUGAACUACUACUACACGCCGAUGAUACUGGUGAUCUUCUCGUUGACUCUCAGCGCUAAGCAGUAUGUCGGUCAACCCAUUCAAUGUUGGGUCCCAGCCCAAUUUACAGGCGCAUGGGAACAAUAUAGUGAAAACUACUGCUUUGUACAAAACACCUACUUUGUACGGCCAGAUAGCUAUAUCCCUGAUAGUCAUGCUGAAAGAGAAGAUGCGGAGAUUGGCUACUACCAGUGGGUCCCAUUUAUCCUUGGCAUACAAGCGAUCCUCUUCUAUCUGCCUGCUCUAUUCUGGCGGCUAUUCAAUUGGCAAUCAGGAGUGGCUGUGAAAUCGCUGGUCAAGAUGGCACGUGACACCACUGAUUUGCAACCGGAGAGGAAGCGAGAAGCUGUCAUGGUAGUGGGCGCCCAUGUCCAUGAUUCACUUCGCGUACAAAAAAAGAUCUCUCAAUCCAAGGGUUUCACACAAUGUGUACAUCGCGGAAUGUACCUCUGCGGCCUUUAUCUCUUCACCAAAGUGCUCUACUUACUUCAAGUCCUUGCUCAAUUUUUGAUUCUCAACAGCUUCCUUUCCACAAGCUAUACAAUGUGGGGUUUUGGUAUUUUGAAUGAUUUGCUGCAUGGGCGCGAAUGGGAAGAGAGCGGACAUUUCCCGCGAGUCACUAUGUGCGAUUUUGAGGUCCGAGUACUUGGAAAUAAACAUCGUCACUCCGUUCAAUGUGUGCUAAUGAUCAACAUGUUCAACGAGAAGGUGUAUCUCUUCAUCUGGUAUUGGCUGUUCGGUGUUGCCAUCUACACUGUUGGUAAUCUCAUCUAUUGGUGCUUCACACUGCUGUCCGAAGAGAAGCGAUUGAACUUUGUCGGCUCUUACCUCAAACUGCUCGGUCUCGUCAGCGACGAGGACAUCUCUGGCCAACGUGCGCUGAACAAAUUCGUGCAAAGAUCGUUGCGUGCCGAUGGUGUGUUUAUACUUCAUCUCAUCUCGAAAAAUGCUGGCGAUUUGAUUACCACCGACAUCAUCGCUACUCUAUGGGGCAGAUUCUUAGAAGAUGAAGCUCAGGAGGCCGAAGGAGCGCCGGCGCCAACGCUCGAAGAUGUGGACGGGUUCAAGGAGCGACUUGACAAGCAACCACUCAACGUCAACUAGUUCAAUUACAAUAGCUCUAUAGCUCAGAGACUUUCCAGCUGGUCGUAUUCGAUCAGUACGCGCUCAUUUUAGGGCAUGCACAGCUAAUUCGUGUGUGGCACUGCCAAAGAUUUCUAAGUUUCGUCGUAUUAUAUGCCUAGUGUGCUUGUAUGAGUUGGAGAAAUUUCCUGCCCCGCCGUCAUUGUCGAGUUUUCUCAGAAGAAGAAGCUUUCAGAAGAAAAAAAACUAUUAGCCAGCGUUUUGCCUUAUGACGUAGUCUACAAGUUCCAAAACAAAAUUCAGUCCAGUCAUUUUUCUACUAGUAUCGAAGGUGUUAUAUGAGAAAGUUUCAAUUUAUCUACCAGUGCCGAUUGUGAUGUUUUUACUUUGUUCAACAGAUAGACAAACAUAAAGAGAUCUUUUAACCUCAUUAGGAAAGUACGAAUAGUAUCGCACAUAUCCAUAUGUUUGUGUAUUUUCUUUUGAGCUUACUUUGUACACGUUGUCAUUCAUUCCGUUUUCUAUGGUCGAAUUCACGAGCCUUCCAUGCUUCACUGAUUCAUAACUUCUCUUGAUUGUCCGAUUCAGUCUUUAUCUGUGUUGAUUUGAUCCACAUACGCGUUAUGCAAUAAUAAAUAAAACAAUAAUGAAAAGA